GUCCCACUCACUGAUCCCUCUUUGGGUCUCACUCACUGAUCCUUCUUUGCGUCCCACUCACUGAUCCCUCUUUCCGUACCACUCACUGAUCCCUCUUUGCGUCCCACUCACUGAUCCUUCUUUGCGUCCCACUCACUGAUCCCUCUUUGCGUCCCACUCACUGAUCCCUCUUUGGGUCUCACUCACUGAUCCCUCUUUGCGUCCCAAUCACUGAUCCCUCUUUGCGUCCCACUCACUGAUCCCUCUUUGCGUCCCACUCACCGAUCCUGUUUUGUGUCUCAAUCACUGAUCCCUCUUUGCGUCCCACUCACUGAUCCCUCUUUGGGUCCCACUCACUGAUCCCUCUUUGUGUCUCACUCACUGAUCCCUCUUUGCGUCCCACUCACUGAUCCCUCUUUACGUCCCACUCACUGAUCCCUCUUUACGUCCCACUCAUUUAUCCCUCUUUGCGACCCACUAACUGAUCCUUCCCCCACCCCUCUCAUUGAUUCUUUCCUAGUCCCACUCACUGAUCCCUCUUUGCGUCCCACUCACUGAUCCCUCUUUGCGUCCCACUCACUGAUCCCUCUUUGCAUCCCACUCACCAAUCCCGUUUUGUGUCUCAAUCACUGAUCCCUCUUUGCGUCCCACUCACUGAUCCCUCUUUGGGUCCCACUCACUGAUCCCUCUUUGUGUCUCACUCACUGAUCCCUCUUUGCGUCCCACUCACUGAUCCCUCUUUACGUCCCACUCAUUGAUCCCUCUUUGCGACCCACUAACUGAUCCUUCCCCCACCCCUCUCAUUGAUUCUUUCCUAGUCCCACUCACUGAUCCCUCUUUGCGUCCCACUCACUGAUCCCUCUUUGCGUCCCACUCAUUGAUCCCUCUUUGCUUCCCACUCACUGAUCCCUCUUUGCGUCCCACUCACCGAUCCCUCUUUGCGUCCCACUCACCGAUCCCUCUUUGCGUCCCACUCACCGAUCCCUCUUUGCGUCCCACUCACUGAUUCCUCUUUGCGUCCCACUCACUGAUCCCUCUUUGCGUCCCACUCACUGAUCCCUCUUUGCGUUCCACUCACUGAUCCCUCUUUGCGUUCCACUCACUGAUCCCUCUUUGCGUCUCACUCACUGAUCCCUCUUUGCGUCCCAAUCACUGAUCCCUCUUUGCGUCCCACUCACUGAUCCCUCUUUGCAUCCCACUCACCAAUCCCGUUUUGUGUCUCAAUCACUGAUCCCUCUUUGCGUCCCACUCACUGAUCCCUCUUUGGGUCCCACUCACUGAUCCCUCUUUGUGUCUCACUCACUGAUCCCUCUUUGCGUCCCACUCACUGAUCCCUCUUUGCUUCCCACUCACUGAUCCCUCUUUACGUCCCACUCACUGAUCCCACUUUACGUCCCACUCAUUGAUCCCUCUUUGCGACCCACUAACUGAUCCUUCCCCCACCCCUCUCAUUGAUUCUUUCCUAGUCCCACUCACUGAUCCCUCUUUGCGUCCCACUCACUGAUCCCUCUUUGCAUCCCACUCAUUCAUCCCUCUUUGCUUCCCACUCACUGAUCCCUCUUUGCGUCCCACUCACUGAUGCCUCUUUGCGUCCCACUCACUGAUGCCUCUUUGCGUCCCACUCACUGAUCCCUCUUUACGUCCCACUCACUGAUCCCUCUUUACGUCCCACUCACUGAUCCCUCUUUACGUCCCACUCAUUGAUCCCUCUUUGCGACCCACUCAUUGAUCCCUCUUUGCGACCCACUCAUUGAUCCCUCUUUGCGACCCACUAACUGAUCCUUCCCCCACCCCCCUCAUUGAUUCUUUCCUAGUCCCACUCACUGAUCCCUCUUUGCGUCCCACUCACUGAUCCCUCUUUGCGUCCCACUCAUUCAUCCCUCUUUGCUUCCCACUCACUGAUCCCUCUUUGCGUCCCACUCACUGAUCCCUCUUUGCGUCCCACUCACUGAUCCCUCUUUGCUUCCCACUCACUGAUCCCUCUUUGCGUCCCACUCACUGAGUGUGAAUGUGGAUUGAGGCUUGUGCAUAUUGUUGUAGCUGCUCAGGUCCCAGAAGAACAUCUCCCUCCUUCUCACUCUCUCAUUAAGAGACCACAGAGCAUCAGUCUAAAGACUUUGCUGAUGUUGGUGGACGUCAUUGCAUUAUUCCCCUUGGCUUCUCUCCAUCCCAUCUCUCCAUCUCUUCUGGCAGCACCACCGGCCGGUUAGAGAGACAGAGGAAGAAGUUGAAGAGACACAACUUGUUAUUCUGCCCUGAAAUCUAAAGCCACAGGGACAGAAGUAGAGCAGCAGUAGGUGCAGUUACAACGGUGCCCAACCAACAAGUGAGUUUUUAUUUGUUAUUUGCAAAUAAGGGACCCACAAUAUUCUUCUACUUUUCCUUCCCACCACCAGUCUGCUUGUAGAUCUUCCUGAUGGACAUUCUGAAGCCCCCACAGGACGAGGAAGGAGACGAUGAGAAGAAACCUUCUGACCUGACGGUGUUUGCAGGCAACUCCACACUCCAUGGGAUCAGCCAUGUCUUCCUGCCUGGUGGGGUGACCCCUCGACGUGUUUUCUGGGCAUGUUCCUUCCUGGCCUCUCUCAGCUGCUUCCUCUUCCAAGUGGCCGACCGCAUCAUCUACUACAGUGCGUACCACCAUGUCACCACCCUGGAUGAGAUGGAGAGCAGCCACAUGAAAUUCCCAGCCAUCACCAUCUGCAACUUCAACAGAUUCCGUCGCUCCAAACUCACCCCGAGGUACAUGUGCUCCGCUCAAUAUCUGCUUGGGACACAAAAUGUCAGCAGAGAGGAACUGGCCAAGUGCGAGCUUCCUGUAUGUUCUGAUGAUGCCAAUAAGAGUAACGACACCAUGGAUUUCUUUGACCAAACAGGACAUUCCAUGAAGGACAUGUUGCUGGAGUGUCGCUACCGAAAUGAGACGUGUGGCCCAGAGAACUUCACCACGGUAUUCACACGCUAUGGCAAGUGCUACACCUUUAACUCCGGGAAGAAGGGACAUCGCUUGCUCAACACUUUGAAGGGCGGCACAGGGAACGGCCUGGAGCUCAUGUUGGACAUUCAGCAGAAUGAGUACCUACCUGUGUUUAGUGAGACAGAUGAAACAUCCUAUGAGGCUGGAAUCAAGGUGCAAAUUCACAGCCAGAUUGAGCCCCCCUACAUCCAUGAGCUUGGCUUUGGGGUUCCCCCAGGAUUUCAGACCUUUGUGGCUACACAGGAACAGCAGCUGGUGUUCCUGCCCCCACCAUGGGGUAACUGCAAAGACACCCCCCUGGACUCCUUUGACUUCAAGAAUUACAGUAUCACAGCGUGUCGGAUCAUCUGUCAAACUGAGCACAUCAUUGAUAAGCACGGCUGUCGCAUGGUGCACAUGCCCGGUAAUGCCACCGUGUGCCCCCUCGACCAGUAUGAAAAAGCCGACAAAUUUCUGGAUGCACUCAUCAUGGCAAAUAACCAGUCGUGCCCAUGUGGGACCCCCUGCCGCACAGAGAGAUACCAGAAGGAGCUCUCCAUGGUGAAGAUCCCAAGCAAUGCAUCUGCAAAAUACCUGGCCAAGAAAUACAAUAAGAGUGUGGAAUACAUACGGGAGAAUAUUCUGGUGUUGGACAUCUUCUUUGAGGCAUUAAACUAUGAGAUGAUUGAGCAGAAGGAGGCGUAUGAAGUGGCCGGACUCUUGGGUGAUAUUGGGGGCCAGAUGGGUCUAUUUAUUGGCGCCAGUAUCCUCACAAUCCUGGAAAUCUUUGAUUAUCUCUAUGAGGUGAGACAUCCAUUCUUCCACUCACGGCCAUUGGUACUGGGUGACAGUGUAGGAUAG